AUGGACUCAUCGGAAGAGGACGUUUCUCCUAGCCUUUGGGAUCAGGCUUUCAACAUCUUGUCAGACAAAGAGAAGCUCCUUCUCAAAUUUGACCGUUUCAAAACACCACACCAACCAUCUGACAUUAUCCAAGUUGUCGAAGGAAAGAAGAAAGACUGCGAGAAGAAGCAAUGGGUCCUUUAUACUAAUGAAGCAGGCCAGGAAGUGAAGGUCCGAGACGUGCUGGGUAAAGUAUGCGAUUGGCUUGUUAAGUUUAGAGAAAUUGGAGACGCAGCAGUCCAAUUUGACCCUGGCCACGCUGCUCUUCCCUGGAUGGCUGUAAGAGCCCUCCUUCAGAUGUCUGUUAAUGACUGCCAGACAUUCGGUGCUAUGGUCGAAAGUAUUGAAGCAAUUUCGAGUAUCGUCGCCAGGUAUACCGAAGUUGAGGCCAGGAUUCUUUUACGAACCUCAAAUCUAACAAAACAGCUCUCCGGGGCGCUUGUUAAACUUUAUGGGUCUUCCUUAAGAUUCCUUGCACAUGCAAGCCGAUACUAUGAACAGAAAACCUUUAAACGGACAAUCAAGAGUACUAUCAAUACUGUCAUGUCUCAGGUCGAAGAACCUAUGCUUUCUAUAGCCAAGCAGGAAGAGGAAGUCUUUAAGCUAGUUUCCCUUGUGAAUCAAGAAAUAAAUGGCAUGAAAAUAGACGAUAUCAUCAAUCUCCUCCGACAGGGUUUGGAGAAUUCGCAGAUUUCGGAUGAAGGACGAGUAAAGCGCUUAUCAGCCUGGAUUAAUGGUAUCGACACAAAGAACACGUAUGAAACUGCCCUUCAGUACCGCCAUGAAGGGACCUGUGAAUGGGUAAUAAAACUGCCCGAGUUCUAUGCGUGGAUAUCAAACGAGGAGCCGAGAGCGCGGCUUCUCUGGAUUCAUGGGCCGCCUGGAUUCGGGAAGACCUUUUUGUCGGCUCGGAUAAUUCAACACCUCAGGCAACAGAAGCACGCCCCCUUGUCAUAUUUCUUCUGUGUGGCCGAUAAUCAGCUUACUCGUGAUCCGUAUGCCAUCCUUCGGUCUUGCCUAACGCAAAUGAUUGAUCAAGAUGAUAGAAUCAUGUUCGCCAUGAACUCUGUCUAUAAAGCCCAAAAGCAGGAACAGACUCUUACCCAUCUUGGACUGUGGGAGCUAUUUGUUAGCAUCGGGGAAGUAGUCGAGGGGUGUACUUUCGUUAUCGAUGGUUUCGACGAGUGCAUCGACAUUGACAAAGGUACUUAUCAUCACGACGACCCAAGGAAUCUAUUUCUAUGUGACCUGCUUAAGUACCUACAGAAGACAAAAUCACGGAUGAUGGUGGUUAGCAGGGAUGUUCCUGAUAUCAGGGAAUACUUAGGUCAGGAAGCAUCUGGAAAAAACGACACAGUUGAGCGACUAGUGUACGGUAUUACGGCCAAGGACACAAGCGCAGAUAUACAAUCGUUCUCGACAUACAUGGUGAAUAAGAAGUUAUUCAAGAAAUCCGAUGGUUUACGUCAACAGAUCGCUAGCCAAGCUACUGAGAGGAGUGAAGGAAUGUUCUUAUUAAUUAAGCUUCUGGAGAAAGAAAUAUCGCCUGGGCAGAACGCUAAACAGUUAAAAAGAACUGUGACCGAGAUGCCCUCUGGAAUUGAGGAUGCCUAUUCUCGUGAGCUUGAUAAGAUCACCCGUAUGGAACCAAGCAAAAAGGAACAGGCUGUCAUGAUUCUAAGAUGGGUUCUAUUUGCUAUCCGACCUCUCCAGGUUAAGCAGUUGACCGAAGCAUUGGUCGUCUCUGAUGAAGACCUAGACGAAUACCCGGAAGAUGAUUUGCCAGACUCGUGGAAUGAUGGAUUUGUUGAUGAAGACUAUGUAAAAGAAAUGAUAUUAGGACCAUGCGGAUCUCUGUUACAGCUACGAGCAAGCUCGAAGGAUAUACCACUGGCCGAUCACACCGUUCAUUUCGUCCAUUUCUCUGUCAAGGAGUAUUUAUCCAACUUAGCGAACCAUGCCUCUCCCAAUCAAUGGGCAGUGAAACUUAACCUAAAGAAUGCGCUCGCUGAAGAAGUACGACUCUCCAACAUUUGCCUCCGGUAUCUCACCCUGAAUAAAUCGGAGGAUAGCCAUUUCGACACUGUGAUGUACCCAUUCUUGUCUUAUGCGUCUUGGGCUUGGUAUUUCCACAGCUUUCACGAGAAGCCUGCACCAUCUCAAGACAUCGUAGAUCAGACACAUAAAGCUUUCGAUCCAACUACUACUAGGUGGAAAGUAUGGACACCUCUCAUGGAAGCUGAACUGAUAAAUACAGACAUGGAAGAAUGGGACUAUGGUGUCAUCAGUGUGAGUGAUGCUUCUUCAGAAACGGAUGGCGAUGAUAGCCACAAGUCUCUAUCACAAGAAGUACAGAAUCCCAUCUACUACGCUUCACUCCUCGGACUUAUGGAUGUUGUGAAGUGGCUCGAAGAUAAGGGUUUGGAAUUCGGCUGUGUUGGCGGCCGCUUUGGCUUUCCAUUACAAGCGGCUGUAGCACGCAACCAUGAAGAACUGGUGGAAUACCUAUUGAAUAGCCACGUUGACGUGUCACAAAAGGGCGGACUAUUUGGAGCAUCUAUUAUCGCUGCGGCGGCUACAGCAGCUCCACGAAUUGUUGACAUGCUUCUCUCCGCCGGCGCCGAUAUAGCAGCGGUUGACGAGUCCGGGUACACUGCAUUGCACCACGCCGCGAAACGGGGUAGUAUCGAGAUCAUCGAACUACUCCUUAAUCAUAGUGCUGAUAUCAACGCAGUGACGGCUGAUUUUUCGACAGCAGCAAGCUUGGCCUAUUGGUCCGGACAUAAGGACACGCUCUCUGUUUUAGUCCAGCGAGGAGUGGAUUUAACCCCUGACGGUGACAAUGCUAAACCUCUCUUGAAGGAGGCCAUCGAGGAAGGCGAUGAGGGUCUUGUUGAUAUGCUACUCGCUAAGGGGGUUUCGCCCAACACAAUUUUCCGUAAUGGAUCAAGUGCGCUCAACAGCGCAAUUCGUUCUCGGAAAUUAGUCGAGAUGUUUCUUAAAAAGGGUGCCGACCCAAACAUGGUGGAUGAGAAUGGAUGGGCACCGUUGCCAUUGGCAGCAGGUAAUAAGAAUAUUGAUAUUGUGAAAGCUUUGGUCGACGUGGGAGCCAGCAUAGUUUGUGAUUCCGAGUCAGACCCUGAGAUACAAUGUCCCCUCCAAGUUGCCGUCAUCAAUAACUGCCUCCCAGUCGCCAAGUUUCUCGUCGAACAAGGUGCAAGCCUAGACCAGAAGACAAGAGGUGGCCAUACGGCAUUGAUGUUUGCUGUUUCUAUGAAACACCAGGAUAUGGCGGAGUGGUUAUUAGACAUGGGAGCAUCGGUCCAAGGCAUAUAUGAGUACAGCCAGCAGUCGCUCUUUGAUAUCGCAGUUGAGACGUCUGAUCCCGAUAUCACAGAGCUUCUAGUUCGUCGAGGUUGCUUUCAGAUUCACACGCAUGUUAGCUAUUCACGCGGGCUUGUAGCAUCUGAGGCUCGUGGUGAUAACAGCCUGGUUAUGUUGGCUUACCAGGGCAAUCUAGAAGGUGUAAAAAAGUGCCUAGUCAAUACUGGUGGAUCCUCCUAUACCAAGACAGUCGGCGAAGCGCUACACGCUGCCUCAGCAAGAGGACACUUGCACAUUGUGGAUGCUCUACUAAGUAACCAUGCAAACGCUGGCAUGGUUGACACUAAUGGAAGAACAGCACUUCACCAUGCAACCAGACACCUUUAUUUUAACGUAGCUGAUAUUCUUGUGGAGCAUGGUGCAAGUAUCCUGCUCGAGGAUAUGGCCGGCUCGACAGCAAUCGACCUUGCAAUAAUACACGGGCUAAAAGCUUACGAAUUCAUCAAAAAUCAUAUGAGCGACUUCACAGUAGGAAUCAGUCGGCGACCGUCCCUCCUAGCCGUGGCUCCAAAGCAGCCGACGAGUCUUACCGCUAUUGGUAUCAGGAAAGCCAUCUCGGGAUCAUGGACUGGUCACUACGACUAUCUUUACUGGGCGGACGGUCGAAGUGAAUCCUUCUCAAUCGACAUCCCAGCCGAAGCACAUAAAAACUCGCAGCCGAGCACUUUCUCAAACGAAAACCGCGAUCUAUGGGGGCUUUUCAAAUUCCACGGCUUCGUUGACUCUAGCGGCACAGUUUGGUUCAUCAAAUUGUACGAGACACUAGGAUGGCUUUAUCGCGGACGAGUAGAUCCGGAGAAAGGUACUCUAAAGGGGACUUGGGGCAGUAACCGGAAGCUAUGGUUUGGGACUUUUCAAUUGAGAAAAGAGGAAUGA